CUUUCAAAACCAAGCUCCGCCUCUCCAGCAAGCGCACCCACCUUGUCCACCAGCAGCACAGUGCGCCAGGCAGCGAGAGCACAGGCGUGGAGCACACCGGGGAGCGGGCACGACGGAGCAGCAGCAGCGCAGACUUGCAGCGGCGGUACUUGUCGGAGAAAACACGUCCGUUUCUCGGUUAGGGAAGCCCUAUAUUGAGACCUCUUAAGACCGGGGGAGAGGUCUUGUCCAUUUUGUCAGCCGUGUAAAAAAAAGGGAACUCCUUCGCGAUCAAAUUCGGGAGUACUGUAACCGGUGGUGUGGAGAGAAAGAUGCACUUGGUGCGCCGUGCAGUCCGCCUCCGACGCUGGUGAUGCCCGCCGUGCGGGGAUCACCGCCCAGCAGCAGCAGCAGCAGCAGGAGGGGGUCAGGACUACAGUGCGUCGGGGGGCCGGUGAUAAUGAUGGUAAGGUCGGGAUCAUGGCUAACGGAACCGGUACUAUCAUGUUAAAAUGCGUCGUGGUCGGAGACGGUGCAGUGGGAAAAACGUGUCUUCUGAUGAGCUAUGCCAAUGACGCCUUUCCAGAGGAGUAUGUCCCCACAGUGUUUGAUCAUUAUGCAGUGAGCGUCAACGUUGGUGGGAAGCAGUACUUGCUCGGACUGUAUGACACAGCUGGUCAGGAGGACUACGACCGCCUGAGACCGCUGUCCUACCCAAUGACCGAUGUCUUCCUCAUAUGCUUCUCUGUGGUAAACCCUGCCAGUUUCCAGAAUGUGCGUGAAGAAUGGGUCCCCGAGUUGCAGGAAUAUGCACCCAGUGUCCCCUACCUGCUCAUUGGCACCCAGAUCGACCUUCGUGAUGACCCCAAGACCAUUGCCAAACUGAAUGACAUGAAGGAGAAGCCCAUACCCACUGAGCAAGGACAGAAGCUAGCAAAGGAGAUUGGUGCAUGUUGUUAUGUGGAAUGUUCAGCUUUGACGCAGAAGGGCCUAAAGACAGUAUUUGAUGAGGCCAUCAUUGCUAUCCUGACUCCCAAGAAAAAGAAAGGAGCGCUGAAGAGAAGACUGGGACCGCGCUGCAUCAACUGCUGUCUGAUCACGUGAUACAUAAACCCAGAGAUCAUUCAGCAAGCAACCAUAAACCAAACCUGGACUGAAGGCAAAAGACAGACAAAAGAAAAAUGCACAGACAGCAGAGUGAGACAAGAGAGAGUGAGGACUGAAAAGGACAAAACAAGAGCUACUUUUAAGCUGCAGGGCUCUUGAAAGGCCAUAACUCUCUUCUGCUGUCCAAGACAGGUUGAAGAUGCAGUUUACUACCAAAGGAGCACAAAACCCAAGUCAGUCUCUUCUUCAAAAAGACUUUUUGCCUCAAAAGUACCAUCUUUUAUAACCAUUUUUAAUCAUUUUUCCUGUACAAAAUUGUUGUAAGCUGUCAUGCAGAGAAAAAACAAAAAAACAAAAAUUCAGUUUUAAGAAAUAUGCUACAUUUUAAAGACUUCAUAUCAUUUUUUAUGGUUUUGAAAGCUACAUUAUUGAUUUGUGCAUUUCUCAAGACAAGAGCAGAGAAAGCCUGCGACUGAUAAAUAAUGAGAGGCUGACUUAAUUGACACUGUGACAGUGUCCAGGAUACAUUCCUGGACACAAGGGCCCAGUUUUUUUUUCUCCAAUUUAAAACUUGUGCUACAAAGUAUCUAUUGGCCCAUAAAGUCUGUCUCCAAUUAUUUGUCAGUUAAGAAUCUGCAAAUGAAACCACAUAAAGUGCUUUGCAUUGUGUGGUGGACAACACAAAUCAAUGACGAGUGUGAUGAUGUUCAGACAACAAGUUUUGGACCUAGAACUGUAUUAUUUUCAAGUUUUACAGUCUUGUUUUUGCCUUAUGAAAACCCCAUUAUUUUAUAGUGUGGCAUGCCAAAACAUACUGUAAGUUUCGGGGCUGAGGUAUUUAUCAGGAACUGGAGAGGUCUAUUAUCCAUUUCUAAAAUAUAUAUUAUCAAGAGUUUAUGAUUCUAUAUCUCUAAAAUAGAGAUGAUCUAGUCUGUGCAAAUGUUAUUUUGUCAGCUUAUGGCUUACUUUGUAUGUUUUUUUUUGUUUUGCUUUCCUGCAAUAAUGUGUCAUCUUUUUAUCACCUAAAAGAGGGUUUAGAAGUAAGGAGGGCCAAACUGGCUGUUCUUCCAAUUAUUUUUUUAAUUCCGUUAUCUGGAGAUCGCAAAAUAAUUAUUUUGUUACUUUGAGAAAACGAGAUUUGUUAUCUUGAGAUCACAAGAUAAUCAUCCUGUAAUCGCACGUAAACAAAAGGCUGUUUCCCCUUAAUACUUACAGGCUAAUGUUUAUUAGUGCCAUGCCAAAUCAUGUUGUUAUCUCGAGAAAUCGGUCCUUUGUUUUCUCAAGAUAAUGAGUUAAUUAUCUCAAGAUCACAAGAUAACAAGGCUCAUUUUCUCAUGAAAACAAAAAUAAUUAACCUGCGAUCUCAUGAUAUUAAAGCUGUUUUUUUCGGCGAUAACAAAAUAAUUAACUCAUAAUUUUAAGAUAAAGGAAAUAAAAAAAUAAUUGGAAGGACUGCUGUUCUUGGCUUCCAUAUAGAAGAGACAAAAAGAAAAGGAAUCUCAUUUUAGAAAUGAAACGCUGAUUCAUAUCCAGCGUCCAAAGAAUCAAAUGCACACUUUCAUCAAAAUCAGGUGGCUAAAGCGACCCAAUAUUGUACAUCUAAUGCACAACAUGAAGCACAGUCAGCGCCACUUCAUUUGCCGGCACAACAAAGCACAUUCCUCUGCUUUCAAACACAGUCCCUCUCCCAGAAAUGGCCGAUUGAAGCACAGAGGAUGCACACUGGUCCAUCAGGCACAAGUAUGAGCAUAGCACACUAGCUUACCACGCACAAUUGUAGUCCAUCAAGUCUCUAAAAUAAUCACACAUAUCGAUUCUCUGAAAAUACCGAAAAUAAGUUAAUGUGAACUUUUUGGAAAGGGUAUAGGAAGGGGUUGCAGCAGCUGUUCAUUUGUUCAACCUUGACCCAUCUUAAUAAAAGUGUUAGCCUAACUAAGUGGAGAUCUACACAUCACUAAUUUAAAACAAGUUGCACCAAACAAACUUGUUCUUACUUUCAGAUUAGUUGUUGAUUGCUAUUAUUUACACACAGUAUCUGUCAGGCAUAGCUGUUUCAUAGCGUUAGCCAAACUUCAAAUUCUGUUCUGUUUAACCAAAACAAUACCAUAUACCUCAAACUACAAUAUGUUAUGCUAAUAAUGUUAGACUAAAUGGCUAACUAAUAUUAAAUAACAUCAGUAAACAUAAUUUGGGACUGCCCGUUUUUCCGACGGCCCAAAUUUCUGACAUUCUCUUGGUCCAAAAAAUGUCCCACUAGACAAAAAGCCCAUACCUCUGACAGCCCUUGAUUCCAAAAACAGACACUCAUUACACCAAAGUUCAAUCCUCCGAAAUACACAGUCCCUACAGUUAGAACCUUAUCGGCAACAUUUUUUUGCAUUUGGUUUCUGUAAUUCACAGAUAUGUUACAUUUGUUCAUUAUUUUGUAUACUUUACAUUUCUAAACAUGUGGUGGAUGCAUGGUUAGGUUUAGGCACAAGAGACCAUGUCUUGGCUUAAAACAUCCAUGUUUGGAAGCACAAAAACCACUGGUAAAGCAAGGACGGGUUGGUGAAAAACACCGUGGAUCGUUGGUUCAAACACAGCUGGGAAAUGCAGCGAAGUGUUGGAGAAACAGGCUUUCGUUUCAAAUGGACAUUUUUUUGGCCAAAUGGGACUUUGUGAGUUCGAGCCAUCAGAAAAAAAACCAAACCAUUUGUUUGAACUUAAAAUAGUAAGUAUCCGGGCGGCAUCUUAUUUUUGAACUGACUGAAUUUGAGAAGACAAGUUGGACCAUUACAAAAUUACAAAAUGAUCAGCACUUAAGUUUAAUGUAUGACUUGGCCACCUUAAACUGUUGACACUUGAUGCUACAGUGACUGGGAAUUUACCCCUAAGGAUAAUUAUCAAUGUAUCAGUGUUGCCUAGAUAAGAUAUUUCUUAAAUUUUCAUGGUGUAAACCAAUGUAAAUCUCUCAUUUUUAACUAGCUCGUAGUCACAAGCACAUAAAGGACUUAACACACAAACUUAGUGAUGGAUUAACACAUUGCAGGUGAAACCUUGUCUGCAGAAGUCAAUCCUUCAAUAGUGUUUGAAUAACCAAAUCGCAAAUCAAUAGAUACUUUCACGACAACUGCAAAGAGUUUUAUAUAAGCUACAGAAACAACAUUAGUUCAACUUCCACCCAUAUAGGCUACCAAUCACUUCUUUUUAGCACCCACAUAGAAAUAUGUCCUAUAAGCAUUCAUUAAUCCAUGUUAGCAAGUAAUAACAUUACAAAUAUAAAUUGAGAUAACAGGUGAAGUUUACCAGGAUUUAGAAAUUAGUCAAAAUACCUAUGAGCUCCCACACCAACUGUAUGCAACACAGGUUUCCAGCCUACAUGUCUAUUGUACUGUAGGUAAUACCUUGAGAUUGUGACUGAAAUUUUCUUGCAAGUCAAACAUCCCAAAAAUCAACCCUUCUUUUUAUGCAUUUGUUAUUGGCUUUUUCUAACUAUAAUUUAAGAUAUUAAUCAAAGGUGCCAACUCUUGCUAAAUGACUUGUAUUAAUUUUGUGUUGAGAGUCAGAUAUGAUGAUUGAUUAAAGCUUUAAUGUAAAUGGUGCUCCUCUCUGUCCCAGCCUGCGUUGUAUAACUGUCUUUCUGAGCAGCAGAGUGGAUCGCAGGGUGAACAGCCUUCUCACUCGGACAGUUUUGCUUGCUUUCGUUGUGUGAAGGUCCACCCUCAGGAUCCAGGACCUAAGUGCCGCAGCCACCAAUGCAUUCUCCCAUUGAUGCUCCUCUCUUCUCAAUAAAUGUGUUUACUGUGUUAAUAAA